GCGUCACUGGUUGGUCUGUGAGAAACCUACCCCCUCCACGUGGUGAUAUAAGGCUGCGUCUGGCAGGUUGAGCCAUUUAUCUUUGAGACGAGACUCGAGAAGAUAUCCACAACAAUGAGUGGACGUGGCAAGACCGGUGGCAAAGCCAGAGCUAAGGCAAAGACCCGCUCCUCUCGCGCAGGUCUCCAGUUUCCAGUGGGCCGUGUUCAUAGACUGCUCCGCAAAGGGCACUAUGCAGAGCGCGUCGGUGCCGGUGCCCCCGUUUACUUGGCAGCAGUGCUGGAGUAUCUGACUGCUGAGAUCCUGGAGCUGGCUGGAAACGCUGCUCGCGACAACAAGAAAACUCGUAUCAUCCCGCGUCACCUUCAGCUGGCCGUCCGCAAUGACGAGGAGCUGAACAAGCUUCUGGGCGGAGUGACCAUCGCUCAGGGUGGUGUGUUGCCCAACAUCCAGGCCGUCUUGCUGCCCAAAAAGACCGAGAAGCCCGCUAAGGCCAAAUAAAUGAAGACGUUUUCUUGACGGGAACUAAAUACUCGAACGGCUCUUUUAAGAGCCACACACUGAACUCCUACGAGCAGUGAACUGUCGUAUAACAAUCGGUUUUCUCCAUUUAACCCUACUUUUAAAUUGUUUCAUAUUAAACUAUGAUUUUAAAUUACUAUCGUACUUUGAAUAUAAACCACCACCACAUUUCAUCUAACAAAAGAUGAACUUUCAUCCUUCCCCAGCUGUCACAUUGCUAAACUGAGCACUAUGAUCUGACUCGCUUUAGAUUCUCAUUGAUGC